UGCGCUGCUGCCGCCGCCUCCAGUAUAUAAGCCACUGCAAGUGCGGUCGCCAGCCCAGUGCCAGUUCGGGAGCCGUGUAUCUUUCCUUCGUUUUCUCCCUGCGUCCUCGGUCCUUGCCGGUCCGGGACAUCCCUCUCCUUCUGAGCAGCAAUUUCUGGUGCUGCCACCUGUCUCCAUCGCCCCCAGUGCCAUCCCCAUGAAGAAAACCAACAUGUGGCUGUUGGAUCGGCUGAGAGGGUCUGGGGAGAACGGUGCCUCGCGGGGGGCAGAUGGGGACCGGUCCUCCAAGGGGCCCCUCUACAGCAAUGUGCUCACCCCAGAUAAGAUCCCUGAUUUCUUCAUUCCUCCAAAGCUUACCUCAGGGCCCGGGGAGGUGGAGGGAGCAGCCACGGGUUCGGGCUCAGGCUCCAGCUCCCCACACUUAGGAUCAUCAACCUCUGAACAGAACUUGGCCUCUGGCAGCAGCGGGGCCCGAAAGGCCCAGCGAAGCCCCCGUUUGCCGGCCAAGCUAGCAGCUGAGAGUAAGAACCUGUUGAAGGCAGCCAGCCGACACGUGAUCCAGAUUGAGACUGCUGAGGACUGGCGGCCGGAGGAAGAGGAGGAGGCUGUGGCCACCAAUGCCGAUCCCCAGUCCCAAACUGCCAUGUCCUUGCCCUAUGUACCCAAGGCCCAGACAUCCUACGGGUUUGCCACUCUGAUGGAGAGCCCCCACACCCGACGCAAGGAAUCACUGUUCCACAGCGAGCACACUGGCCUGGCCCAGGCUGGAUCCCCUGGCGCCCUUCGGAGAGCCGGAGCCAAGGCCAAUGGUGAGGGCACCUCCCGGGCCGAGGCCCUGAUGAGCCCCUACCGAUACUUCAGUGGAGGUGAGAGCGACACAGGAUCUUCGGCUGAGUCGUCCCCCUUUGGGUCGCCCCUGCUUUCACGCUCUGUGUCUCUACUCAAGGUUUUUGCCCAGGAUGGGCAGGCCAAGGUGAGCCAGCUGAGGCACUCUGUGGGUCGCCACAGCUCCUUGUCCACAGAUGACAGCUCUGCUGACGUCAGCCCCAGUGCCCGCCGCCGUGCCCGCCGUGCUACCCCAACAGGCUCAGAGGCCAGCAGUGAGACUGCCCCAACCCCUCGGGGUGAGCACACGGUGCGCCUGGGUAAACGAGGGAGCCUUCGCCUGGCAGCCGAGUAUGACCCGGCCCAGGCCCGCCUCCGGGUAAGGCUGCUAGCCGCCGAGGGUCUCUAUGACCGUCUCUUCGAUACUCGCAGCAUCAAUUGCUGUGUGGGCCUCUGUCUGACGCCCGGGAAGCUACAGAAGCAGCGAAGCACCAUCAUCAAGAACACCUGGCACCCCAUCUUCAAUGAGGACUUUUUCUUUGAUGGUCUGUGCCCCUCUAGUGCCCGCAAGCUGGCUCUCAAGCUCAAAGUAGUGAACAAGGGAGGCAGUCUAAAGAGGGAUACCCUGCUGGGUGAGAAGGAGGUGCCCCUCACGGCCCUGCUGCCUUUCUUGUGAAGGCUCUCCCCAGCCCGGCCCCCCCAUCGCAGAGGAGGGGGUGGGGAACCCCUCUCUGACCCAUUCCUGCCCUAGGUGCUCCUCUCGGUUCCUUCCACAUUUCUGCCCCACCUGCCCCACCUGCCACCCAGGGAAUGUGGGGAAACUCCAAACCCACAGCACUGAGAGGUGGCAUGCCCAGGGUGAGGGGUCCCAGGAGGGAUUAGGAGUGAGGGACAAAAAUGGCCCUCACAUGGGGCCCUGGCUCACACCCAGACACCUGGCUGUGCUUCAGUCCCAGGUCACUACAAGAAACCAGAGUGUCAUUUUCACUAGUGGGGGUGGGAGGAGGGAGGGGGCUGAGACGACAACACUAGCAGUGGUGAGAGCCCUGGAUUUGGCGUCAGGAUAGUUUGGCCUCAGAUCCCAGCUUUGCCACUUGCUCACUAGGAGACCUUGAGCAAGUCUCUUCUCUCUGGCCUCGGUUUACUCCUCUGUAAAAUGAAAAUGUUGGACUAGAUAAUUUCCAAGAUCUGCUCCAGAUCUGAAUCCCAUGACCUGGAUCUUCUGGUCCAGGGGUCUCGCCUCCCUCUAGCUGGGGAAGGAGACUUGUUGAUAUAUGGGGAGGACACAAGCAGGCAAGAAAAAGACUGGGCUGUUCCCAGUGGGGAGAAGAGGGGGUAACCUCUCAUUCCUCUGCCCUCCUCUAUAAUCCUAAGACUGUACCUUCCUCCCACAUUCCCUUUCUGCAUAGUUCUAAACUGGCUUGAUGAAGAUUUGCUGGAAUUUGGGGAACCAAGUCAGGGAGGAAGGGGUCUGGGGAACUUCCAGGGGGCUAGGGGGCUAAUGGAAGGUCCUUGGGGCUGUAUAGGAAGAGUCAACCUCAAAGGGCAGGGGAUGAGAUUCUUUCAAGGGCUGUCGAGGGCCUGGCUCCUGCUUGCCCCCGACUCUGCUUUCCCAGGAGCACCCAGCUGACUACUCCAAAUCGGGUGGGAAGACUGCCAUCUCCCGAAGCCAAUCAUGGCUCUACUCCCUGCCCUAGGGGAUAAUGAUUAAAGGGAUGACCUCUGGGAAUGAUCAAAAGCAAAGGUGGGGUUCUAGAGCCAAGAGAAGUCUUAGAAUUAGUGGGACAAUCUAGUCCAACUCCCUUGGUUCUACAGAUGAUGAAACUGCAGCUCAAAGAGAAUGAGUCUCCUGAGGUCACACAAGAAGAGAGUGUCAGGCUCAGGGCCAGAACACUGGGUUCUAGAGGGGGCUGCUCUCACUCCAGCACACUCUAGUGCUGAGCUCAGCCUGGAAAAAGCCCUGGAAAGAAAAGAUUACAGGAUUGUUUCCACCUCAUCCCCUGGGGGAUGGAGACAACCAGCAUGUCUGCCUGUUUCUGCUCCAAUACCCCCACUCUUGACAGUCUGCCCUCCCUCUCCUCUUUUGGCCAGAGGGGUGCUUUGUCAGUAUUUAAACCCUCUGCCCCCCAGCCAGGGAGCCUUUCAGUCCCAGGCACUCCUGGCCAGCCUCCUCCCCUCCUAUUAUUUCCUACUCCAUGCUAUCAGUAUCCUCUGUCCCUUGUCUCCCUGCAUGAAUCCUGGCUUCUGCCUGAGAGAGUGCCAUGGGGCCCCCGACUGUGCCUGGCUUCUAGGGCCCAUGCUUGGCUCCCCAUCCUCUUGGACACAGCAGAUGGCAGCCAUAGGCCUUGCUGUGCGCAGCUAUUUAUACUUGGAGAGUGAUUGACAUAUACCCGUGUUUUAUUCUGCGUGUGUAAAUGUGUUUUGGAUACAGUCCGAGUGGGUACAGUGAUUCUUCAUGUUUUUUUAAUUUUUUUUUUGGUAGUUCUGUCACCUUUAGGAAGUCUUGGCUGGUCCCUGAGGGCAGGCAGAGGGAAUUCCCAGCUCAGUCAAAGACUGGAGGCAGCGUGGGAUGGUUGCCAACAUAAUUCAAGUCCCGUUCUGGGAUGGGGACCUGGCACUCCUUUUUGGCACCCCAUUUGGAUGGCUGGCCAACAAUCCCCAGAGCUCUCCACUGGGGCCUGAGCGCAAGGCAUCCCUUUCACCCGGACUCCAUGGGCUGGGGAUGAGGACUAGCAAACCAUUGCUCCUUACUUGAUGGGCAAGACUGGCCAAUCCAUCUCCUCCACAAUUGGCCUCUGCCUCCAUUUCCUGGCUGGGGAAAAGCUUAGGGCACCUGAGCCAGAAGGAAUCUGACCAUUGACUCUAGCCAGAUCAUUUUAGUGAUAGGGAAACUGAGGCCAAAAGGGGCAAAGUGAUUUGCCAAAGAUACGCAUGGUGAUUCUGGCAGCAGAGGAGAGCCUGGGCUUCCUGACUCUUGGUCCAGGGCCACCUGUUGUGUGAUUGGGAUUAGUAACUGACCUAAUCCUUCCAGUGGCUGGGGAUGUGGGGAGGACUGAGGCCAGGGUGAAAAAUCUGAACAGAAGGUCUGAGCUUAGCGCCUCCAGGGGAUCCAUUCCUUUACUCCAUUCCCCAAACAGAGAAGUUGGUAAAAAUGGGCGCUCAAAGGGUGCCUUGCCUGACCCUGCCGGUGCUUGGAAAUCAACACCUCCUCAUCCCAGUGGAGACCCUGGGUCUCUAGGUUCCUUCCACCCCCUCCACUCCUCAAUGAGCCUGUCUUCUGCUGGCACCUGCCAAGUGGGCAAAAAACAUCUCGACCCUCUUUAUCUCUUGCAGUUCUGUUUUGGUGUUUCGACUUUCCUAAUAACUUUUAAAGUGAACCCUAUUUGCCCGCCUAUGAGUGUGUGUGUAUGUGUGUUUAUAAAUGCGUUUU